AUGUCCAUCUUACUGCAAGAAUCGUCAGGUGGCAACGGAGGGACUAGUUCUAGCGCCUCCGCCUCUUCCUCGACACCGGUCGACAGCGGCGACCUGACGCCGGCUAUCGACGCAUCUUCCAAAGACGGAAGCGCCGGAGAAUGCAAACGAUACGGAAUCAGCUGGAAACGGUGCCUGGAGCUGCUCGCACAGAAGACAGUGAUCGAUAGCUGUUUAUGCGGCUGCGUGCAGAUCGUGUCGCCCGAAGAGGCCAGCACCGGGGGACAGAUUUGCGAGGCGGAACCGCACGACAAACACCUGUUUCCCGUCAAAUGCUGUUGCCGUGGUUGUCUGGUAUCGCGCGAAAUGGUAAUGCAACUGUACGCCGAAGACUGCCAGUACAAUUCACUGUGGGAACGAUUGCAGCUACUGAUGAAGCAAUACUACGAUCUGAUACCGGAAUCGGAGGACAACGCACUCUACAACCUAUACAUGGAGCUGAUGGCGAAGUCGUCGCUGAAGUGGCUGACGGAUGCACGGUUCAACUCCAAGAAUAUGAUCCAGGUUUCGCUCGCCUCGAAUCUGCCGCUCUCGAACGAGAUGACAUUCGUGAUGCUAUCGACUGUACUAAGUACUCGCGAUCCGCACCAACUGCUGGAGCUGCUGUGCUUUCAGCUGCGCUCGAUCGUCCAAGCGUAUUGCGUUGGAUUCGAGGAGCUAACUAGCGUGGCGGACGAUGGCCGUCGCUACUUCAAUCCACCCGACGUGCUGAAUUACAUUCUCGAUGGGUACGAGAAGCUGUGCCAGGCGGCACACACCGUUGCCCCACUGUUGAUGGUAUUGGAACAGUGCCACCUGGGGAAGUUUGAACUUAAUUGGCGGCUUAUCAAUCAGCGGAUUUUUCAGAGAUACUUCUACUUCGAAGUGAAAGACGUCGUGCCGGAUUGCAUCAUCCGGCUGCGCGAUGCAUUGCCGGACCGCGAGUAUCGCGAACUAGCCGACCGGUUCGCACUGUUUGACGAAGAGAUGCGAGUCGUUACUCAGGAAUGGAGCGACACGUGGCCACUGCUGCACAAUUACCAUAAGGCUCCGGAGGAUUGCGAGCGCCGGAAGCGUAUCAACUCGGUGUAUGCCGUGCUAAUGGAUAUCCGCGAGUCGAACUUUGUGCCCCAAUCAGAGAAACUAUUCGAGAGCCCGGACAGACCGAUGGCCGAGUGGUUGGAGCUUGAGGAUAGGUCACUGGUCUGGGAGUACGUGGUGCAUUGCCUCAAGACGAAAUGGGUGCCGUGCAUGAGUUCGCGUCUAACGACGGUUACGCCUGGCCUGAAGUGUCGCACGUGCUUUCGAAUGUUUUACGCACACGCCAUCAAAUGUCAAUGCCAAACGUGCAUCAUUGGUGGGGGAAUUUAUAUCGUAAAAUUGAAGAAGGAUCAGUUCUGUCCCCGCUGUUCGUGCCUCAAGUCGAUACUGGAGAAACAGCACAGUUUAAAGUACCUAUCCGUUUGCGAGAACAUCGAGGGCGUAAUGAUUAACGGCCACCAAGGAGCGAAAAGGCAUGUUGCAUCGUUAAAUGGCGUCGCAGCACUAGAGAAUGGCUUGGAAGAGGUGAUGCAACCUCCGGAUUUGCUCCUUGGAGAAACCCAGGAUGUCGGGCAGACCGGAUUCGAUGCCGUCUGUAAGGAGGUGGUUGCGCUGGGCACCGAUCAACCAGUAUACCACAUCGCUUGGGCCACUUUCAAGCAUCUGCGUGAUCGUGUUUCGUACGCAUCAACCACCCUCGAACCGCUCCGUGUAUGUGCGUUUCAAACCGAUCCGUGUCCAAGGGUAGCGUGCCGCGUUGCCAUUCAGAUGCUGGGCAUGCAAUAUCCCGUGAACCUGACGAAUCUGUUGCUCAAGUCGUACAAACCGCUCAACGAUGAGGGACAACGUGUAAUGGCAACCAACUGGAACGUUCAGGCACGCCACUUUCUGCGUAAGCUGUGCGACGAUAUCAGCAAACGGCCAAAAAUCGAACCGGACGAUCAAAUGUAUCCGCUCGUGAUAGUCGAUAUGUUGUGGGCAUCCACGGCACAUAACACUUCACCGAGCCUCUCCAGCGCUCGCGCCUCCGAGCUGGCCGAGUGGUUCAUGUACGACACGGAGGUACCGGCACGCAACGUGCUCUAUCAGUAUUUUACGAAGUUUUUUUUUGUAAAGGACGGCGACAUUGAGCUCGAUACGCAGUGCUUCCUGGGCGAGCGUGUAAUGCGACAACGCGGAAGGAUCAUGUCGCGCCGGUUGCGUGAAACGGUGUUACAGAAGCUUCAUCUGAAGUCAACCGCGCUUCUCACAUCUUGCCCGUCUAGCCUUUUGUUGACGGCUUCUUCCCCUGCACCCUCGUCAUCGCUGGAGCCCUCGGAAGCUUCGUCUCGACCGAAUCGAUUGACCAACGCGGUGCCCAUGUGCUCGCUGUCCAUGCUUUCCGCUGCCUGCUCCACAGAAGCUGCAGCCAGCACCGUCGUCACUUCGUUAUUCGAACAAAUGGCAGUGACUGCGGCCGCCGCCUGUUCGUUCAUUGAGCCUCUCACAAGGCUAAAAAUGGAUAGUGAAACGCAGACGCAGACGUGCCAGAGCUGCAACCAGUGCUUAGACGAUGUCAUAUCGAAGACGGACCUUUUGGACAAGCAACGCAACGAUCACAAACUGUAUAUCAAGGGAGUGGCGGAGUUGCUGAAGGAUGGACUUGGAAUGCCGACCCCGAGGUGCGAAGUGGCAAAAGCCAUCAUGAACGUAGCCCGAUUGGAUUUGGAACCGAAAAGCAAAAAAGAGGAAACGAAACCUGACAGUACGCCUUUAGUGACGAAUGGCACAGAGUGCAGAACUGAAACGGAAAACCUUGCCGUAAAAGCUGUUUCUAGUGCAACCACAACAACAACGCCUUCCGAGGUCGCUGAAUCAACGGAUCCAGCGUCACGGAGCAUAGUGACUAGUAAGAAAGCCCCAAACGGCGCGACACCACUGCCAACGAGAGAACUGCAACAGGUUCCCUCUUCGCAAGCCAUGCCGGCAAACAAUCAAUGUCGCCCAGCGGUUUUGCCAUUGGCAUCGAAAUCGAUGCUCAAUGAAACCUCAGCGACGGCUAAUGGAACGAAACAACCAGACGUCCCAACGUGCUGCCAUCAAAAAGAUGGUAGCAAGUGUACCGCUGGAGGGACAAUGACACCGAGCAACAAGCCCAUCAAGUCGGAUCUUCAGACGCCGGCAAAGUUAUCGGCCUUUGCGAAGAUGGCAGCUAACAAACUACCAGCCGCCAACCAAGGACCGCCAAAGUCCGUUUCCAACAACAGCAGCCCCAGCAGCAGCAGCACAGUUUCGACAGCCACGAGUGCAUGGCCGAAAGCAAUUAUAACUCCAAGUUGCAUCACCAAUUCCGUUCAGCAAUCGCCUCCUUCACCAGCCGUUUCAACACAAACGCCCCAGCACCAUGGGAAACAGUGUCCCUGUGGCAUUCCUUCGCAUGCGCCUGUCCCUGCCCACUGGCCAUCUGCCACGGGCGGCUCGUCUUCCAAGGUGACAGCACCGUUGCCUAAGCCAGUACCGGGAGGAACCUCAGGAGCUGCACCAGCGACAACACCAGGAGCAGCACCCGUUCAUCAGCAUCAACCACACUCGAAGGAUGACCACAAACCCGGGCGUCCGUGUCACCGGGCACCCAACAACGGCAGCAGCACCGGCGGAGACAAAGUGGACGGAUCAUGUGUUUGCUACUAUUGCACACUGUUCGGGCAGAGUGUAUGUUUAGAAUGCAAUCACAACCAGAGGACAAACGAAACACGCGAUAGGUUGCGAAAGAAGGUUAAACAAUUGCAAAGCAGUAAAGAGCAAAUCCAGAAGCAACAGCAACAGCAGCAACAAACGGCGCAUCAGUCAGUGGACCAGUCGAGCGCUGGGUUGAAAAACGACAAAGUUGCGUUGGGAGCAAGCACUGCGAAGCCCGCAGCGGGUGGUGGCAACAAGUCAGGCACCCCAGCUGCAGCUACGGAGAAGGUACCGGUUGGGGGACACGGUCCUAAGGAUUCCACUGCUCUCCAAGGUCAUAAGGGGAUGCCACAAAAGAAUGACAAAAAGGCGGCAAGUGCGAAAACUCCCGAGCCGUUGCAAUCGAUCGAAGACAUAUUGCGCUUCAUCGAAGGUGAUGAUAAUAAGGGUAAAAGACAGUCGGUGCCGGAUGCGAAACCGGGAUCAGCAGCGGCUGGUGAGAAAAAGGUGAAGAAAAAGCACAAGAAGCACGAGCAGAAAAUGAUUGCACAACUCGAGGACCUGCGAGAACAGUUCUACGCCUGCCAGAGGGAGGAACAGAAAGCUCUCAUGCAGUUCCAGACGAAGCUCAGCAAAAAGGAUCAAAAGCUGCUACGUGAUAACAUCCAAGCGUUCCGGUUGCGAAUAAACGAACUGCAUGGCGAAAUAAACACACUCGUCGGCAGCAUACGGAGCAGCAUACCGGACUUUCCUUUCAGGUUAGACGCGUUCGCUGUUCCGUCAGGCACCACCUGGCAAGAGGCAGCGGCAGCAGCAGCAUCAACUGGUGCCCUGGAACAACAGAGCACGGGUGGCCCGGCCGCUACCAUGCCACCGUUCGUACCGUCCAACAUGUGUCGAGCGACAUUUGCGAAGCUACAAGAAACGCUGAGUCUCAUACAGCAACAGAAGCAGCUUCAUCUGCAACACUUGCAGCACCAUCAGCAGAGUCAAAACGUGCUGAAGCAACAGCACCGCCAAGCACUGGAUCUACAGCAGCUCAACGACGCCGCCACCCGGCAGAUGGUUACGAUCAAGCGCACGUUUCUCCCGCAUGCCGAAGCACAGGUUACGGUCACGGCGAAGGGAGAGUCCCCCGACAUGGAUCAGGUGCUAUACACGUUCGUUAACGGGCAGCUCAUUCCCGCCGAAGCUUCCGCAGCGUCUACCGACGGGGCUGUACCGGCUCAGCACACCAUCAACGGUCAGCUCAGAGUGUCCGACACAGGAACUAAAACGAAGGCCGGCAAUGGAGCUCGCAAGAUGGACCCGCUGGUGGAACUAAGCCAGCAGGAGCAACGGUUGAUAGAGCAGUACCUGGAGCAGUUGCAGCAGCAACCGUCAACGUCGACCACGGUGGAAGAGCCUACGAAACGGUCGUCACGAUCGAAGAAAAAGUUCACCCCAGCGGCGCCUGUACCUCAGCAGCAGCAGCAAAACAUAUCAUGCAACGACCUCCUGCACGAGCGCAUUUUGCGCCAGAGUGUCGAGCUGAUGCAGAAUCUUCAGAUCGAUCGCAAAGGAGAUACGGAGAUGCUAAUGCUCGCGAACAAAGUGAGAAAGAACUUGCUUGAAAUGCAGACGAACCCGAGCAAGACAAUGGACGACGAUACCACAUCUGAUGGCGACAUCCGAUGCGUCCCCGUGCUACAGCCGUCAGUCGGCAGUGCCGCGAGUGACACGAAGAAACCUACGGCAGCUACGGAAGCUAGCAGCAAAGCCGCGUCGGAGCUACCCGCGGGAAAGAGUAAAAAGAAAAAGGAGCGUAAGAAGGACAAGUUGAUCGAUGAGAUCGACGAGAUUGUGGCGCGCCUCAAUCUGCUGGACAGCGAUGAAGAGGAAGGCAAACCGACGGGCGGUAAAGGCAAAAAGGCAGUCGAUGGCAGAACGGGUGUUAAUCGAAAGCAGAGCAAAGAUUCCAUCGUGUCCGGUGGCAGCGGUGGUGGAGGUCGGGGACAAAACGUGAAGGAACUGGCCAGUGCGAAGCCAACACAGUCCGCGGCUCACGCGGCAGCAAAUGACCAACAAAAACGGUCGCAAGCGAAAUCGAAUCAGUCUUCGGAAUCGACUAAGCACCAGCGUUCAUCGGAAGCAGCGCAAAAAAAGCAGACUGACGUGGGCGAAGGAUUGCGACCAUCGACCAAAGGAGCACGGACAACGUCGCUAGAGUUGAACAAAGCAGCGGUCAACAAGGAUCGCCCCAAGGAGCCAACUCCGCCGGUCGUUGUAGAGCCACCGGCAGCCGCAGGAGGUGCCACCGAACCGACCGCUCGCAAAAAGCUAAACAAAACUUUCAUCGAUCCCGAAUUCGACAACAACACCUUCCGAUUGCUCAAUUUGGAUGAAUCCGAGUCUGAGGUCGAGGAAGUGCUUGAAAGCGUGGAAGCGACGGUGCCAGUGGCGAUCGAUACGAUUCCUGCUAUCGUAGUGCCACCUGCGUCGGAAAAGGAAACCACCGAGCCGACACCGAGAGUCGAAGAUGCAUCAGCGAAGAAAACGAAGAAAAAGCCGAAAGAUUCCAGUCUUGCCGCGCCCAAGGCAACGACAAGUGUCGAUGGCGAGAAGGAUAAAGGCAAACAGAGUCGCAAAAAGGCGCCAAGUCAGCCUGAAUCCGGCCUGCAGUCGAACCAAAACAAGGGGGUAGCAAAAGAUGACGCCGUCGGUCAGUCGGCAGUAUCAUCGACUGCGGAGGUAAGCAAAACGAAGAAGCUAACGCCGGCCCAGUCGAUGGUGGAGAAGAUCAGUGCACUGCUCGACAGUCCCGGUCUGUCGAACCGGCAACGCAAGCAAAUGAUACGACAGCUGGAACAGGCACAGGCCAUCAUUCAAUCGCAGUUGCUACAGAACAGCGCCAAGACGGCCAAGGCGAAACUUGCACAACAACAACAGCAGCAACAGCUGACAGUGCAGGGUUCUUCCGGUAGGCAGGAUAGGUCCCUCAACUCGAAACAAACCGCUUCAAAUACUGGCAAACUAUCGAAGGAAGCUUCCACGGCGGCUGGGGCCCCGAAAGGCUCAAAGAAUCAGGUCAGCGGUUCGCCCGUGACAAUGGGGAGCGGUAUCAGUGUCAACAACAACAAUUUAAUGGAUCAGUUGAGCCGAGGUGUCCGUGUGGAGGGCUUGAAUCUACCACCGGGCAUCACACUGACUCGUGUCGAUCCAAGCCAGGCGGAAGCGUUGAAAGCGAAGCGGGAUUCGAUUCGCAAGAUUUGCGAACCUUUGAAACCGAUCGCUCCCAACUCAGCGGACCCGAGCCCCCUACUGCCGGGACAGUUUGUUGCCAAUCCACUCAGCCAGGGCAUGUUUGUCGUAAACCCGAUGGCAACCACCAGCCACACUGGACAGAAGAUCGGUAGUCACUUGGUGGCGCCUUCAGUGUCCGGCCAGGAUUCUGUGAUAAUGGUCAACACGGGCAAGUUGAAUGUCAACGAACGGCAGACGCUGGAUGCACUGGGCGGAGGUGAUCGUAAGAGACGCAACAAGCGACGUAAUAAAAAUAAAAGCAAAGAUCAAGAGACUUACGCCAACGACAACAGUGCACCGACCGCUGUGGGAUCGGGUGCGACCCGAAAAAUGGACGGCAACAAUAUCGUGACACUGCGCAAUCCCAUGUUUCAGGGGCUGUCCGCCGGUGCUGUUGGCCCAGGACAAGGCCGCCCUGGUGGUCCCAUGAUGCCGGACGUGCAGGGAGCCCGUAUGACUCUAGGCUACGAUCAGCCGGCCACGAUUUUUAAGAAUGACAACGGUAUGUUCACAAUUCGCAACCCUGCGCUGCACCAUGCGCUCUCCGGAGGAGCCCCACCGGAAGCGUCCGGUUUCCGACCCUUCAAUGCUGCCUACCUGGUCGAGAACGGUAUCAUGCCGCCAACCAACGUUUCCUUUGCCAGCUCUGCGGCCCCGCUUGUCACGGCCGCUGUGUCAACUGGCGGCCCGAUGGCAACCGGUAACGUUCCUACGUAUCUUCAACAGCGCUACCCCCCACCACCAACACUGCCCGGCGACGGAAUGAUGGUAGAGAGCGGUAUGGAGGCCACCGGCGCGGAACCACGGAAGUGCAAAUCCGUCAUCGGGAGUGAGAUGAAAAACGCUCAGAAGCACAAGCAGCAACAGCAGCAGCACCUCCAACAUCAACGUCCAUCAGGAACGUUACCGGUCGGAAAUUGGCAGCAUUUGAAUGGCUCGGUGGGACCAGCAGCUGGAACCGAUCUGUAUGGCUCGUCUGCGACCGGUACCGCCAUUGGCAGUGAUGUUGUUGGGCAACAUCAGCGUCCUUAUUCGUCCUUUGAUCAAUACAGUCUUAACGCUGGCUACGGUGGGAUGAUGGCCGCGCCGUCCGCUGGCUACUAUCAGAGUGUCGGAGCGACGCCAGUGGUCGGUUGCAGUGCGAUCGGUUCCGAACGAUCGCACGGUCUGUAUCUAGGCGGAACGGAAACGACGACGUCGCUCAACAGCAUUCCGCACUGCUGUGAUGACGACUCACCAAGCGCGUUCUUCAAGGGUAGUGGCCUUGGACUAGCCGGACCCACCGCCGGGGCCAUGAACCGGUACGACGAUAUGUCUUUUCUGCAAAGCCUGCAACCGGGCCAACGGCUCAACAGCGAGGUUACCAUCCACACCAUCAAUGAGUCAAAGAUGUUGCGACAACAGGCGCAAAAUUUGAGCAACGACAUCGAAAUAACCCGAAUCACCGCUCCGAUGAGUGCGAGCAGUCGGGCACCCGCCGUCACGUCGACAGGAAGCGCUAUUUCGUUGCAACAAAUGAUGCAGUUCAAGCAGCAUGAGCAGCAGCUGCAUCUAGCGAACCAUAGUCCCGGUUCCCGAUCGAUCGGAUCGAGCACUGGAGCUGGCGCAGCGCACAACGAUUUCAUGGACAGCCGCUCCAACGUCAGCUGUCCUGUCGCCAGUUCCGUUGGUUCGGAAAUACUGGCAUCAGCAUCGCACGAUAUGGAUGCCAAACGCUUCUUGCGCGAAUAUCAGCUGGGGCAGCUCCAACAACAGAUGCAAGAGCUGCAAAUUCAACCAUCCACCAACAAGCAGCAGCUGGAGCAACCGUUUUCGAGUGAAUUUGGAGAUACCAUGUUCACACCGAACCGAAUGCACAAUGUGAACGAUCUCGAUGCGGACAGCCUGGAAUCGAUGAAACGCCUAAAUUACUACUUCACCCCAGCGAACAGUGGGAAGCAAACGAUUGGUUUGGGAGGGUCAGAGUUUGUGAGCAAGAGUCCUGCAUCGUCGGCAAGUCACUCGGCUAGCAGUAGUGGGGAGAAGUUGUCGAUGUCGGACGGUUCGACCACCCUAACAACGGCCACUGUUUCCGGCGGGCUCGACAGCCGACGCGAUGACGAUACCAAUACCACAGGCCACAGCUUAACCGAGGACGGCAAUCCUGGUGGUGUGAGCAUGGUUGAGGAAUUGGAACGACCUCAGCAACCACCGAUCGGAACUCCUUCGUCGAAAAGCCUUCAACUGCAACGUCUUCAGCAAAACGGCGGAUCCGUUUCUACCACUGCCACCAUCAUCAACUACCCGGCUACGGCUGACAGUCCGGCAUCUUCGUUAUCUCUGUUCGAUGGCAUAUCGUCCUCGCUGAGUAGUCAGGCACAUUCUUUCGACGAUCUGUACAACGGCCUGCUAACUGUGUCGCCAACGACCACUGGCGGGGGUACUAGCGCCGCGGGAUGCAUUAACUUGAAUGAGAAUUUGAGCAUCCUACAACCCCAGCAACAAUCGAACUCCGAUCCUACGGUGAGCGGUACUGGAAGCGUCGCUGCCUCAUCCAAUGGACCGUCGGAAACUGUGUCUUUGCACGGAGACGAGAACAUGGAGAAUUAGGCUCUGUAGAACGGCAAGCAAAUGACACCUAUCUACAACAUCAAACCGGUACUCUCAAAGAGUAAAACCAUGCAGCCCUCUUGAGAUGCUGUCUCUAGCCCUCGAAAGAUAAUGCGCGCUCAGCUACCGUUCAUUGACUACGUUCGUUACCGAACAAAAAACAAACAAUUGUACAUAUAUUUGUCAAAAAUGGAAGGAACACAAAGCUUUCAAAGACACCCGGGCAUGCGCCGGAACCAGAAGCAUUAUUUCGAGAACCUUGCGGUGUCCGUCAUGCAGAUAACAUAACAUGGCAAACAAUAGUUACGGUCAACACUAGAUUGGGGCAAACAUUAUUAA